UAAUAAUGACUCCAAACCCCCACUCUUGUCUUCUCUCCUCUGGUCUGAGAGUGAGUUGAGUGAGUGAGUUUUAGUGGAAGGAGAGCAGCCACGGCUCACAUCUGCUUCUCUUGGGGUUUCCUUCAAGGUACGGACCGCACCACAAAGUCCCUUUCUUCCUGUGUGUCACUGCCAUUACUGAACUGCUCUGUUCUCUCUCUAAAAAUAACGACUUGUAUUUUUUCCGAGUCGGUGAAAUGAUGAGAAAGAGAGACAGAGAGAGUAUGUUUAUGUCGAUAUUGAGAGGCCUCUUUGUUUAAUUCCUAUCUUCUGGAUGUAGAUCCACUGGAUUGUUUUGUGUACAAGGGCGCUUGUGAUGGUUGAAUCCGAGUUUCGGUUGCGACCCAUAUAGUAAUAGAGUGUGUGUGUAGGUGGGUGAGAGAGAGGGAGGGAGUGAGGGGUUGGGUGUGGGAUUGAUAGGAUGGAUCCUCAACAGAUGAUGAGUGAGAGUUCUUCCUAUAAUUUGGGGGAGAUUUGGCCUUUCUCUGUCAACAACAUUGGGGAUUUGAACAAUGGGGGUUUCCUGCAACGAUCCCCUCACUUUCCGUUUGGUGAGAUGAGCAACCGAGGAGAUGUCUCAGUCUCAGUUGAAGAAUCCUCUGUUACUGAACAGAGUGGUGGUGAACCCCCGCAUUCUAGAAAGAAGCGGAGAGAGGCAGCAGUGCUUGAUGAUGAGUCCUCAAAGCUUGUCUCUACUAGCAGUGGUGGCGAUCCAUUGCAGACUGGUUCUGAAGGCAUGCGACUUAAAGCACUCACAGGCAGCAGAGAAAAUAGUGUGGAUUUGAAAGGUGAAGCUGAAGCCAGUGCGGGUAAUAACCAGGAUGAACACAAGAUUCAACCAGUGGAGCCACCCAAGCAAGACUACAUACACGUGAGGGCCAGAAGAGGCCAAGCUACAGAUAGCCAUAGCAUUGCUGAAAGAGCUAGGAGGGAAAAAAUCAGCGAGCGAAUGAAGAUUUUGCAGGACCUGGUACCUGGAUGUAAUAAGGUGAUCGGCAAGGCUUUGGUUCUUGACGAGAUAAUCAAUUAUAUCCAAUCAUUGCAGCGCCAGGUCGAGUUUUUAUCAAUGAAGCUUGAAGCAGUUAAUUCAAGGAUGAGUUCUGGCAUUGAAGGGUUUCCUGCAAAGGAUACAUUUGAGACGACAAAUAUUGCAUUCAGCUCACAAGCAGCGCCUAGGGAUUAUGUCCAAGUGCAUAUGCAGGUCGGUGGUGCUUUUGAAAGAACAACAUAAUUCCAGAACGAAGUUCAGAAUAAGGACAUUGACCGGGCUAUACCUUUUCAAAUUAUAUGUUCUCUCCCCCUGGUUCUUACUUGUGGACCCAAUGUCAGUGUACCUGGUUGAGUGGAGCUAUCUUGGGUUUAAGAAAUCAAUUCUUUCAUCUUCAUGUUCCA